AUGGGGGCUACGACACAAUUUCUACUUGGUCAGUUGUCGACUCCGCCAGUUCCCAAAGUCGACUUAACCGGGCGCACCAUCUUGAUCACCGGAGCCAACUCGGGCCUGGGGCUUGAUGCCGCCAAACUGCUGGUGCGACUCAACUGCAGCACGGUGGUGCUGGCGUGCCGGAACCUCGCGAAGGCAGAAAAGGCCAAACAAGCCGUACAAGCAAUCCCCAGCGCAAAUGGGCAGAAGCCGACCGUUCUUACCAUGGAGGUGGACAUGGCGUCCUUUGCCAGCAUUGCCGCAUUUGCAGAGCGGUGCAAAGGCCUGGGCCGACUCGACGGCGUGUUGCUCAAUGCUGGGGUUGACCUCCGAGAGUUCUCGUUGUCUGAAGGAUACGAGACCACCAUCACAGUGAACGUCAUUUCCACCUUUUUCCUAGCGACAUUGUUAGUACCCAUCCUGCGCAGGUCGGCGCAGGUCUACAACAUCACCCCGAAUCUCGCCAUUACGGGGUCAGCCGUACAUAUCUGGGCGAAUUCCAAGGACCUCACCAGCCCAGCAAACGGACAGAUUUUGAAGACACUCUCUGAUCCCAAAAAGACCGACAUGAGCGCGCGCUAUUUUCUCAGCAAACUACCCGUGAUGCUUUUGGUAAAAUACCUGGCAGCAGUGUUGACGAAAUCCGCCCAGUCGGAUCCCCAGGGCAAACCGUUGGUGGUAAUUAACAAUGUGGCUCCGGGAUUGUGCCAGACCAACCUGUUCCAAAACUACACGGACACCACAACCAAAGUGGCGACCAGCGUGAUGCUCAAAGUGAUCGGGCGGCCGAGUGAGCACGGCGCCAGAACACUGGUGCAUGCAGCUUCCGCCGGCAAGGAGACUCAUGGGCAAUAUCUGAGCGAGUGCCGGGUCAAGCAGUACAGUGACUUUGUGAAAAGCGCGGAAGGGGACCGAACAGCCCGGCGACUCUGGGAAGAACUGAGUGCCAUCUAUGAAGGGGUGAAGCCAGGAUGCACCCAGGAGCUUUAG